AUGAUGAGGGAGAUUAAAUCCUUGACCAGAAAAAGAUUGAUAGAUCUUUUUCAUCGCUUCAACCAAUUGGAGACAUGCCGUCAAUAUGUAAAAGUUGAGAGAAGAAGUGUGAGAAAAAUAUUUGAAGCUCUGGAGCACUUGAGGUUAUUAGAAGCAAUAAUCGCACAUGAUGAGAGCCGAAGUAUGUGUAAAAGGGAUAUGAAAGUGGAUGUUACCCAAAAUGGAUGUUGGAAAAUCAAUUUCAUAUCCUUCACUUGCAUUAACCAAUAUAUUUGCUUUCCAAGAUCCAAUAUAGUUACGUCGGAUGCAUAUGUUGUCAAAAAGGAUCUCAGGAGUAUUGAUUAUGGAUUGCAUAUCUAUACGAAUUAUUCUAUCUUCUUAACAACUCAAUAUGAAGUCACCUCAUAG